CAUGCAGUGCAAAGCCUAUUACGAUAAAGCUGUAGAACUGCAUAUAUUCGCGAGUAGAAAACAAGUAGCAAAACACAAAACAAACUCCAGAAUUGAGUUUCAGUUCAGUUCGGUUUUUCAUAUAUUGAACAAGCCAAUUACUUGGCAUCCACGUAACAGUACUUGUAUUUUUUGGACAAUGACGAUUACACAACUUAACGGUGGUAGACUUUCUAGUGGAAUGAGAACUAGAAAUAGACAGCAGAAUCCAAUAGCCAAAUCAAUUAAAUCAAGGUUUCUAUUGCAACAAGGUGGAGUUCGUGAUUCUAGUGUAGCAUUUUGUAGGAAUUGGCCCCUGUCCUUGGAGCAUAGAAGUCGUGUGCCAAUCUUGGUUACUUGUGGUAGAAAAUGCAGUAUUCCUGCGGCUUAUGAUCAGUUGAAUUCUGAUUUGGGUGUGGAUUCUGCUGAUGUGGAGGAGAGGUUUAAUUUGGAAGAUGAUACUGGUUUCAACAGUUUGUCUGAAAAAUACCCAAAGUUGGGAAGGAUACCUAUCGGUGAUUAUCUAGAUUCCAAAAGUGAGGUUGACAAAUCACAUUUUGUGGAUGUCAAGCUUGAGCUUACCAUGCUUACUUUGCCUGCAAUUGCUGGACAGGCUCUUGAUCCCUUAGCACAGUUGAUGGAGACUGCUUAUAUUGGUAGAUUAGGUUCUGUUGAGUUGGCUUCUGCAGGUGUUUCUAUAUCGAUUUUUAAUAUUAUCUCGAAGUUAUUUAACUUUCCUCUCCUCAGUGUUGCUACUUCUUUUGUUGCUGAGGAAGUUACAAGUAAUGCACUUAAGGAUCCAACAUCAGGAGGCAGUGGUAAUAGAAUACCUUUUACUGAGAUAAGUGAAAGAAAGCAGCUGGCCUCAGUGUCAACGGCUUUACUGUUAGCAGUUGGGAUUGGCAUCUUUGAGGCCUUAGCACUAUUUUUGGGUUCUGGACCGUUUCUAAACUUGAUAGGUGUACCAUCAGCAUCUGAGAUGUUUGCUCCAGCACAAAGAUUUCUUAAGCUCAGAGCCCUUGGAGCUCCAGCAGUAGUGGUUUCCUUGGCUCUUAAUGGCAUCUUUCGUGGAUUUAAAGAUUCAAAGACUCCUUUUAUAUGUCUGGGUAUUGGUAACUUGUUAGCAGUAUUCUUGUUUCCCAUACUGAUAAAUUACUGUCAGAUGGGUAUAACUGGAGCAGCGAUAUCGACUGUGGUGUCUCAGUAUAUUGUUGCUGCAGCAAUGAUCUGGUAUUUGAACAAGAAAGUUGUGUUACUGCCUCCAAAGAUUGGAGAUCUAAAAUUUGGUGGCUAUAUAAAAUCUGGUGGCUUUCUUAUAGGAAGAACUCUUGCUGUUCUGUUAACAAUGACGCUGGGGACGUCAAUGGCUGCUCGUCAAGGUUCAGAUGCAAUGGCUGCACAUCAGAUAUGUAUGCAAGUCUGGUUGGCUGUAUCUCUUCUAACUGAUGCACUAGCUACAUCUGGUCAGGCCCUGAUUGCAAGUUACAUAUCUAAAGGUGACUUCGAGACUGUCAGAGAGGUUACCAAUUUCGUGUUGAAGAUAGGAGUAGUCACAGGUGUUUCCUUGGCUGCAAUUUUGGGGCUAUCUUUUGGAUCAUUGGCCACACUGUUCACCAAAGAUCCUAAAGUUUUAGGAAUUGUUAGAACUGGAAUAUUGUUUAUCAGUGCCACUCAACCUAUUACUGCGCUAGCUUUUAUUUUUGAUGGUCUCCAUUAUGGUGUUUCUGACUUUCCAUAUGCUGCUUGCUCUAUGAUGUUGGUUGGGGCAAUUUCUUCUGCAUUUUUGCUAUAUGCUCCUCAACUUCUUGGUCUUCCUGGGGUUUGGUCAGGCUUGGCACUCUUUAUGGCCUUGCGCAUGACAGCAGGAUUUUUCAGGUUACUUUCAAGAACUGGUCCAUGGUGGUUCCUUCACACUGACUUGGAGAAAGCCAAGUACUGCUGAUUCUAUCAGCUGGUCUGAAAUCAGAGCAAUCUGGGAAUGACUAGAGGACAUCAAUCGCUGAGUCUGACUAAUCUCAAAGAAAUCUUUACGGUUUUUUUUUUAACUGUUGAUUAAUUGAUUAGUUUUCAACAUUGAAUUCGUUGUAACUUAUAGAUAACUUAGGAAACCUUAAACCACAUGUUUAUCUUACUGAUUUAUGUGAAUGAACUAAUUGCUUUUGAUCA